GGCUUUGGCAUGUAGUGUCACGAUGUCAGCCUCGUUUUAGGUUCUGAUCUACGAAUGUUCCUUUCCCCUGAUUGUGUGCUCUUCACCAAGCAGUGCACCUUGAUAGGGGCGUUCCCCAUCGUUCACCACAGCUAUUUAUAUUGUGUACUAUUAGACACAAAACGUUCUGGGAUAUCACCGCAGCGUCUGUACCGCCACAAGCCUCCCAUGUCCAAAUCGAAUGAUCAGUCCUACACGUACGAGAGCCUAGCUUCGACACCGAUGCCCGGAGUCUGCCCGACCAUUAGUGUUGUGAUCUCAGCCCGCAACGUAAAAGGGAGAUCGUCCCCACAAGAGCUACGGAGAUGCAUCCGUCGACGGCCCAGCCCUGCACCAUCUAGUACCACUCACAAGUUAGACAUGGAGGCUGUGUAUGCAGACAUCUGCACUCUACAAACGACUCUGGGAAGACACGCCAAGCAACGUACUCGCACAUAUAAGUCUCUUUGUAGCUUUGCGAUUCGUUUACGCUGUGGACCCGAGUGCAAGGCUCACUCAACUUCUAUACGGAUGUGGAGCUUUUGCCGUAGAAGAACACCAGACCUCGAUUAUAUAGACCCUUUCUUCGUGUAGCGAAGCCGUGCGGUCUCUCUAGCUAGCAUUUAUAGAUAGACCCUAUAAUUGAAGGGGAGAGACCUGUUGUCGAAUCCACCUUUCCAAGCAACAUAAUGGAUAGUGUGCUGUCUGUACACCAUACACAGCC